CUUAGAAACUACAAUUAUAAUUUGCCCCCAACAAAUAUCCUCUAUUUACGCUUUUGUCCCCCCAAAUCAAGGCCGCAUAUUCUCUCCUUUUUCUUCAGUCUCUGUGCCUCCGUCUUUCCUUCUCUUUCUGAGAUCAGUUUCAACUCUUGAAGAAGCUUAAACAACUGACUUCAAAGUGGAAUUUGAUUUAGACGAAAAGCAAAGCUAUUGUAGAGUAGAAGAUGGGUCAGAUCCAGUACUCUGAGAAAUAUUUCGAUGAUACUUAUGAGUACAGGCAUGUUGUGCUCCCUCCUGAAGUGGCAAAGCUUCUUCCAAAGAAUCGGCUUCUCACUGAAAAUGAAUGGCGUGCUAUCGGUGUUCAGCAGAGCCGUGGUUGGGUUCACUAUGCAAUUCACCGCCCUGAGCCACAUAUCAUGCUCUUCAGAAGGCCCUUGAACUAUCAGCAGCAGCAGGAGAAUCAAGCUUAGCAAAAUAUGCUCGCUAAGUGAUCAGUUUUACCUCCUGAUAUGUGGAAAAUGUCAAAUGCAAAAUGCUUUGUUUAUGCUCUGCGUAAACACUAUACAAUAUGGGUGAUUUGGAAUUUUCUAGUGUUCUGUUGUAAUUCUCUCCUGUGGAGAAUUUCAUUUUGGGUUCUUGUUUCUUCCUUUAUUAAACCUGACCUUGAAGUCUUGCUGUUGUUGGCAUCAGUUGAUUAGACAUAUGAUACUUUGUGGUCUGUUGGUUGGAUGUUGUUGAUCCAAAACUGAUGGUGGAUUUUGAUAGAUUCUCUUUGUUAUUGUCCUAAGGUAUGUGUGGUUCUGGUUAGUCACUGGAAGCACAGGAUUUAGAUAAUUGUGUGGGUGGUGUGGUUUAGUUAUGUUAUCAGAACCUUUGUUGUUAUAUUUUUCAAAUCUAAUAUAGGAUUAAAUUAUUUUCCAA